AUGCGAGUAUUUGUCCUAGGCUUGAUCGGAACUUUGAUCUAUUUGAACUGGACGCCCAAUACUGAGGGAUCUACACAAAUCUUGUCUAUCGAGCGCCUCCACGCUGAACACGCAAAAUGUAGUCGGCUGCAGCACAUUCCUCAAGACCCACAGUCAUCUCGAACAAAAAGCAUGAGACACUCUGAAAGUCAACAGCCCAUCUUGAUCAGGAAUGCCACAGUCUGGACGGGAGAGCCGAGAGCGAAAAGCAGUAUUGAAGAUAUCAGGACUGGCAAAGCUUACACAUGGUCUCAUGCCGAUCUGCUUCUUGAAGAUGGUCUGAUCAAGAAAGUUGGCCACCACAUCGUAGAUGAGAGCCUGCCUAAGAAUGUGAAGAUUAUUGACGCUGGGGGACGGCAAGUGACCGCUGGAAUCAUUGAUAUGCAUUCUCAUACAGGAGUAGAUAGUUUGCCUGCCUUGGACGGCGCACAAGACACGAAUGAGCUAUCGAGCGACAUAACUCCUUAUGUGAGAUCUCUUGAUGGUCUGAAUCCACUGGAUCCACAAAUCCGGGUCAUCAAGAGCGGAGGUGUAACUACGUCCUUGAUCUUGCCCGGCAGUGGCAAUAACAUCGGCGGAGAGGCCUUCGUCAUCAAGCAUGCUGUUGGUCAAAGUAAUGGUCGGCCUGAGCUCAGCAUUGAAAGCCUUAUAGCAGACCCCGAUAAGACCUGGCGAUACAUGAAAAUGGCUUGUGGUGAAAAUGCGAAGAAUGUAUACGGAAAGGUUGGCGAACAUGGACCGGUAAGCAGACUUGGCGAAGCAUGGGAGUUUCGGCAUGCUUUUGAACAAGCUGCAAAAUACAAAAAUUCUCAAGACGAGUGGUGUGCCACUGCAGACCGUAUCGGGGCUCAGAAUAUGCAGUCCUAUCUUCCUUCGGACCUGCGAUGGGAAAGCUUGUCAGCAGUGUUACGAGGUCAGGUCCUGGUAAACACACACUGCUACACCAUUCCAGACCUGGAGUCUUUUAUUGGCUACACUAAUGAGUUCAAUUUCUCCGUCCGAGCAUUUCAUCAUGCUCAUUCCACCUAUCUGAUUCCAGAAGUUCUGAAAAGGGCAUACGGCGGACGAGCGCCUGCGGCUGCUCUCUUCGCCGACAAUAUGAAUUACAAGACCGAAGCAUAUGUGGCAUCUGAGCAGGCCGGAAAGAUUCUCUUUGAGAAUGGUAUCACUCCGGUAUAUGUUUCCGACAAUCCGGUUCUCAAUGCACAGCACGUUGUAUUCGAGGCCGCCAAGGCAUAUCGGGCUGGGUUACCAUAUCAUGCAGCAUUGGCCGGCGUGACCAGCGCUUCUGCCGAGCUUCUCGGUCUUGGAAACAGAAUUGGCAAGCUCAGGCCCAAUUUCGAUGCUGAUGUGGUCAUCUGGGACUCGGAUCCUCUCGCUGUCGGUGCAACUCCUUUGCAGGUCUUCAUCGAUGGAGUGCCUCAAUUUGAAGAUCCUGUGGUUCUGGAUAAACCCUUUACUGCUCCAAUCAAGCAUUUCGUGAGCCAGGAGGUGCAAGAUCAGCCAACAGCGAAGAGUCGUAUUGGAUUCACAGGGGUAUCGAAGAUCCUUCUGCCAGGCCAUGAACAGAUACUGGCCGAGGAAUACAGCAACGUUGUCGUUGAAGAUGGGCGAAUCAGUUGCAUCGGAAAAUGUCACGAGGAUGUCUCAUCGCUUUCUGCUGCCGAUAUCAUCAAUUUGCAAGAUGGUCACAUAGCCCCUCCACUCACAGCAUUUGGCUCAUUGUUGGGCAUAGAGGAAAUCACAGCAGAAAGCACCACCUCCGAUGGAUCUCUCGACGAAUCAUCCUUCUCUGCGGCUAUCGAUGGUCUCAGAUUCGAAGGCAAGAAUCUGGCCGCAGCAUACAGACACGGCGUGACGAAAGCCAUCACAGCACCGAAAUUCGCCUACGCAGACCACAAGGGCAUCUCAGCGGGUUUCCGCGUCGGCGCGAAGCACGCUCUGGAAAAAGGUGCUAUUUUCAACCCACACAUCGCUCUGCACUAUACCUUGACAUCUGAUGUAAAAAGCGCCAAGACUCCUUCAAUCUCCAGUGCAAUCGCAGAAUUAAGAUCUAAGCUUCUCAAAGCCAUCACCACCUCCCAGAAAGAAGGCGAAAUUCAACCCGCAGAAGAAGUCGCUCUUUCCAAAGUCGUGAACGGCAGCCUACCCCUCGUCCUCGGCAUCCACUCAGCAGACACAAUCGCCUCCAUUCUCCGGCUCAAGAGCGAGAUCGACACCGCCACCAACUCCACCCUCCGCCUCGCAAUCCUCGGAGGCGCGGAAUCCUACAUCCUCGCAAACGAACUCGCCGCAGCAGACGUAGGCGUAAUCUUAGCACCACUCUUCAGCUACGCAGCAACCUGGGAUCAACGCAGGGCAUUGACGGGAGCUCCACUCACGAAUGGCACGGCAAUCGACGUGCUUCACGCUGCAGGAGUGAAAGUUGCCAUUGGCGUCGACGAAGAUUGGGAAGCGAGAGAUUUGUUUCUGCAGGCUGGGAUUGUGCAAAUUAAUUCUGGUGGGAAGAUUGACGAGAAAGAGGCUUUGGCUUUGGCUUCGAGGAACAUUUGUGAGAUUCUGGGUUUGGAGGGACUUGAAGAGAAGGGUUCGGAUCUUGGGGAGUUUGUCGUGUUUGAUGGCAAUCCUCUCACGAUCAAUGGUCAAGUACGAGCUGUUGCGGAUGGUAGAGGAUUGGUUAGUGUUUGGGCGUGA